AAAGACAAUCUAGAAGCGUUAGAUUUAAUUUGUGAAUUGUGAUGAACGGCAACAUCCACAUCACUAAUAAAUGGUCAAAGUAAAUGCCAUGAUACUUGAAGAAGAAAACUGUUCACAACUCAAUUGACUAUAUAAUAAUUAGAUCAAUCAAUUUUAUUUUUAUUUUUUUAUUCAUUUUUUUAAUUUUAUAUUCUAAACAAAAUUCAGUUCUAUAUUAUUUUAUAGCCGUCAACGGAUUCCAUAAAUAUUACUAACAAUCUCUCUCCAUUGUUCAAACAAAUCUCAUCUAUGAUCUAUCUAUAGUUAAAGGCAAAGCACAGCGUAGCAUCCAUGGUUUCAGCGGCAGAUUCCAUACAAAGGUAUGCAGUAGUUACAGGUUCAAACAAAGGGAUAGGGUUGGAAACUGUUAAAGGGUUGGCAUCAAAUGGUGUGAAGGUUGUUCUGACAGCAAGAGAUGAGAAAAGGGGAUAUGAAGCUGUUGAGAAAUUGAGGAGAGAGUGUGGUUUCUCUAACGAACUUGUGAUCUUUCACCAGCUUGAUGUAACUGAUUCUUCUAGCAUUGCAUCAUUGGUGAAAUUUGUGAAAUUUCAAUUUGGAAGACUUGAUAUCUUGGUGAACAAUGCAGGAAUCAAUGGUUUCGAUUCAGCUGAUCUUAUAGGAUCAAUAAUUAAGUGGAAAGAGCUUAAUCAAACUUAUGAUAUGGCUGAAAAAUGCUUAACAACAAACUACUAUGGUGCUAAAGAAACAACUGAGGCAUUUCUUCCUUUGCUUCAGUUAUCCACUUCACCUAUGAUUGUCAAUGUUUCUUCCACAGCAGGGUUGUUACAGCACAUAUCAAAUGAAUGGGCUAAAGGGGUGCUAGAUGACACCGAAAACCUCACAGAAGAUCUAAUAGACAAGGUACUAAGGGAGUUCAUGAAAGAUUUCAAAGAAGGUUCAUUGAAAACCAAAGGCUGGCCAACCUAUCUGUCUGCAUAUAUGCUCUCAAAAGCAGCCAUGAAUUCUUAUACAAGGCUUCUGGCACGGAAGCAUCCGAAAUUCUGUGUUAAUUGCGUCUGUCCAGGUUUUGUAAAAACGGACAUUAACCGAAAUACCGGAAUCUUAUCGGUUGAAAAUGGUGCUGCUAGUGUUGUUAGAUUAGCAUUGUUGCCUAGUGGUUCACCUUCUGGCUACUUCUUUGCUAUGCAAGAAUUGUCAAGCUUUUGAUUUUUGAAGUUUGAUGAAUGAUUAAUUUUUGUUACA